AUGUCGACUUCGGUAGAAGAUGGCGAUGGAAUAACAGAUCAAAAACCGCAAAAUCAACAAAUCCAAGCAACGAGGCCCUUGGACACUGUAGUAACAGUUUCUCCAUGUGAGAACGCGAGUGAGCCACAGUCGACAGAAAUCCUCGAAGAAACAUGCACAAGAAGCGAGGACUGUCUCGAUCUGGAAGCGCAGGGUUCCAGGUCAAAAUCGAACACGGGCGCAAGCGACCGAUCGCUACCUUGUCCGGCGGAAGAUACUCAACUAAUACGCACUAACAGGUUCAAUAAAAGUGGAAAUAUGACGUCGCGAUCAAAUCGCUACAACAACAAAACAGUAAUCAUCGCUUCACUCGUCUUCUGGGGCACAGUGCUGAUCGCAAUCGUCGUGACAGUAAUCGUCUUGACUGGACGAAACAUCGACGAGGGCCCACUUCGUGAGCACUCGACAACAUCAGAUCCUCUAGCGACUCCCGCACCGCUUAGCGGAACGACUUCAGCAGCCUCGCUUUCGUACUCUUCCACUUUAAAUACAUCAGAAAACGCAACUUUACUCGAUUCCAUGAUAGAUAAUCCACUUUCAGAUGGAAACCCUUCAUAA